AUGCCCAAGCCUGCCGCUCUUUUUCCGCGCCCGCGGGGCCACUCCCUCUCCAUGCACACGCCCGUGCUACACUGCGUCGGUCGCGCCCGCCGCUACCGCCGCGCUCGUCACAGCCACCACACCACUGUGCCCCGCGUGACACACACCCUGGCUGCGCACCACACUCUCGUUGGCUGCGCUCGCCCCGUCCGCUGCCGCCUAUCACUUCGCUCGCCCUGCUGUCGCGCCCCUGCCUCGCGCCACCUCCAGUCGUGGCCAUCUUCUGCCGGCCGCACCUCAGCCACGCCGGUCGCAUCUCUGCCCUCCAUCGUUGGUCGCUCGCCUCGCCUGCUGCGUGUUGCUUCCUGCUGCUAUGCGCUGCUCUACCACUGUUCUAUAAGGGCCCGAUCCAUAAUUUCCGAAGACCCCACCCCGAACAGCACAAAAACAGAACAGAAAGUUACAGGCCGUGAGCCUCACUCGGUCACUCCCCAUGAACCCCGCCGCCUCCGUGGCAGCCGCCAAACCCUGCACGGUGGCCUCCUCCCUCCCCUGCCCUCCGGUCAACUUCCUCUUCGCGUGACGACCUCCUCCCAGCACCGCGCUCCGGCCGCCAUCCUCCCCGUGCUCCGGCCUCCUUCCUCCCCCGCCUCCGGUAGCCUUCCUCCCCGCGCUCCGGCCGCCUUCCUGGCCGCGCCCUGGCCUCCUCCCUCCCCCGCCUCCGGUCUCCUUCCUCCCCACGCUCCGGCCGCCUUCCUCCCUAAGAUUCGUCCACCUUCCACCCCCGAGAUCCCAGCGCCGGUGCCCAACCCGUUCGUCCGUGAGCUAGGAGACUGGGACUCCCUCCUCGCCGCGGCGUCAUUGCUAGCCGUCAGCGGCGGAAGCGGGGUGGUGGCCGGGACCUUGUCAUGCUCGUCUCCGACUACUGUCAAGCUGCUCAACAACAGAAGCAUGUACCGCCCAGUACAUGUAUUACUACUGCAAAGGUUCAAAAAUCAGAACUCAACAGGUUCAACGUUGAUGGUUCUACAACAUAGCGCUAAGCCGUUCUACGUCGCAGCUCGGGAGGUGAAGGAGCUCCCCUUGGGUUCAUCUUGCAGGUUUCGUUCAAACCUGGCCACCUAGGCCGUUCAACAACACCACCAGAGCCCGUUCAGUUGGUGGCGUUACUGCAGCUGCAGAUGUGGUGCUGACAGUGCUAGGCGUUGGUUGUAUUUGAUCAAAUGCCUAGGAGCUCCCAUGAUUUAGCAAGCACUGUUGCUCAAUUUUCUAGGUUUACUUCAGUCCAAUUUCUAGUUUCUGUUCGUCCAAUUUUUAGAUAGCAUAGUGCGUGCAAAAAAAUAUCAUCAGUUCAUGUUUCAAAACUAGAUAUAUCACCUAAAAUAUGUUUCAAAAGAAAAAUUGUGUAAGUUCAAUCUGUGUGCUGCUACAAUUUUGCACUUCUUGUCGAGUCGUACUAGUAUUGAUGAAUAACGAGGUACUGAUAUAAGUAUUACUGAUUGAAAAAUGUAGGGGUUGAAGUAAACCCUCUCGAUAUAACUAUUACUGAUAUAUGUGCUCCGCCUGCACAUUUUUUCAUAAGUUCUAAAAUUCGUAGAGCUUCAGUCCAACUAUGUUGCUUCUGAGACUUGAACCGCAGUUCCAACUUCAAGCAGACUCCGCAGUUGUCAGUGAAGGUGAGACGGUUGCUUGCGUUUGUAGGAGUACUAUGUAGUUGCAGAUUAGCUAUUACUCAGCCAGCAUGGUUUGUAGGAGUACUACCUAGUUGCAGAUUGUAUUAGAUGUUUCUCUUACUGUUUUCCUGUUGAUUCUUGGACACAAUAUACUUUCUCAUAUGUUUCAUCAAAUAGAACACGUCAAAUCUAAGUCAAUACUCAAUAAUAUCAAUUUUGUGAUGCAUCUUCUUUACAUUGAGGAACUGUACUCCAAUUCCCAGGUGCAGUGCGACAUGAGCUUUCUGACCCCAU